GGUGCUGAAAUGUCAAAAACCUAACCAACAAAAGAUGAAAUGAAUUUGGUAAAUUUCUAAAAAAUAUGAUUUUAUGUUUUCAUUGUCAAAUUUUUAUUUCAACUACUUUAUUUACUCCUCAACUUCCAUUCCCACAGUAAAAAACAGCUAUGAGACACAUACUGAUGAGUCAUAGAAAGUAGAAGUCAAAAAAUGUGAAAAUUUCCUUUUAUGUACAAUUGAGGUCAUUGAUUGUUUAAUUGUUUGGUAAUGGAGGAAGAAUUUCGUGUGUCUCUUGAUACAAUUCCAACGGAAAUAUUUCUAUACAUUUGCUCCUUUAUUGAUGCAAAGCACGUUGCUGAUUGUCUCCGGUAUGUCUGCACUAGAUUCUAUGAAGUUCUGUCGAGUGAUACUGCAUGGAAAUGUCGUUUGAGAGAAAGAUGCCCGAAUAUGUUACCAGCUGUAGAUUACGUGGAUGAUGAGCCUGAUUGGUUAGAACUGUGCUAUCAGAUUGAAAGCGAACUGCAGCUAUGGAAGAGAGAGCGCGACAAAAUGAGCAAAAUAUCGUGGAGCGUCGAUUCGUGUAUAGACGCCGUGAAGCUGAUCGACAGGGGCAAGCGCGUCAUUUCGGGAUCACGGAACCGAGACUUGCAAGUGUGGGAUGUCGAUUCUCGCCAACUACAAACGUCAAUUAUUUUGGCGCAUGCGGGUUGGAUAUGGGAUCUGGCAAUUGACAACGAUAAGCUCUACUCUUGCUCCUGGGACUCGUCCAUCAGCAUGCGCGAUCUAACCGACAAUCUUCGCGAAAUUAAUUCUUAUAAAUGCUCAGCUGCAGUGCUUUCAAUCGUGUGCAGGGAAGGGCUUUUAGUAGGUGGACUAUUUAAACCAGAAGUUGUAGCAUUCGAUCCUCGGCAGAAGGAACCAAUCUUUUCAUACAAUCCUCAUCGAGCAGCUGUCACAGGUCUUGCAUUGGUUGGGGAUAACUAUCUUGUAUCUGCCAGUGAAGACAAAUCAAUAGCAGUUUGGGACUUACGGACACGUGAACCAGUAAAUGAGAAUAUCGUGGUCAGCUGUGACAAUUCGUUUCCAUUGAGCAUUUACUACAACAACAAUCUUCUUUAUGUUGGUGAUACCAGAGCAAAUGUGCAUAUUAUUAGUACCAACAAUGGAGUUUUUGAGAAGAAAGUUAGUUGUCACUUGGAAUCGGCUGGCCAAGCCAAGUUGACGUCGAUCUGGCAUGGGCUCGGGUGCAUCAUAGUGGGCUCAACCGACAAAUCAGUCAAGAUAUUCCAACCUUCCCAGCCUCUAGACCUCAUUUGCGAGCUCAGUGUGACAGGUGAAGUAACAUCGAUUGACUAUGACUAUUCAACACUGGCAAUUGGAAGUUCAGCAUCUGUUGAAGUAUGGAAAACAACAGAUACUUUCGAUACAUGAAGCAAACUUUUCGAUGAAAAUGAGAUGCACUUGAACAACGAUUGAUAUCUUCACUUCAAUCUUGAAUUCUUUCAGAGCUUGGGAGAAUGACUUGCAAUGAAAUUGGUCUUUGCGAUAUUACCAAUUUGCGAACUUAUAUGCUUAUAUGAUAUAAGUAGCCAAUCGUCAAACUGCAUAUAUAUAAUGGCUCAAUUUAAAUUUAUAUAAGCUGAGGCUUGCCUAUGUCGAUAAAAUCUCUGUAGAGAAAUUCUCAGUAUUAAAAUUGGAAAGCUUUAUUAUAUGUUUGAAAACUAUUCGAGUAAGCGUAACAAAAGUAUGAAUUUACUACUUAUAGUCCAAUCAAACAGUUUUUAAUGCAUUCACUAAGCGAUAGAAGACAAUAAAAAUUGCCAUAUAUUGAGUAAUCACACAGGAUUCCAUGAUUUGUGGUUUCAGAACUACAUAGAGUAAAUAAAGGGUAAUUUUGGGCAUCUUCCAAAAUCGUCAAGACCUCCCACUUCCAUUUUAUGCCAUUUGAAUUAUAGUAAUGGCAAAACAAUUACGAUGAAAUUUAAUGAAUGAUUCCUACUUGAUUUUACUAUUUUGCAUGAUCUCAAAAACAAAUAUUUAAUGUCCAAAUAAUUUGAAGGCUUCUGAAUCCAAAUUGAGAAUAGUUUGGAUUCUAUUCCAAAUUUUAAUGGGAUUUAUUCUGUUCAAACUCUGAAGCCUCUCAAUUCAAAUCAUAUAUUUUUUCCAUUUUUGCUCUAUUUCCUAUCUCUAAUAGCUUUCAAGUUAUUUUUUGAAACAAUACUAUACGAUUUUCAGUAUGUUUCAAAUAAUUAGGCCAUUAUUGCCACCCAAAUGUGUCAAAAAAUAAAUUUUAUUGAGCCGUUUCUAUUCUUGACUGUGUAGCUCUCUACUAAACUUCCAGAUAUUAAGAAUCGAUAACAUUCAAAUUAACAAAUCAAUAGUUGUCAAUUUAUUUGCUGUAAUAAUAAAUUCUAACUUAGCAAUACAAUAAUUACUUAGAUAUAAAGUCCAAUAAUAAUUAAUAACUCACUUCUAUACUGAAAUAAAAAAGUGAUAUAUUGAAAUUAGACUACUGUAUUGUGACUAGAUGUCUUUCACAUUUUGGAAUGAACGUUUUGAAUAUAAUAUCUUCGGUGCAAAAGAAAAACACAUUCUUAUUCAGAGAACUGAAUUUUAUUUUUUUAUUACGGAUGAUGCCCACAUGAGUUUUUGCUUGUGCGUUGGUAAUGGAAAGUGCGCGUUUGUGAAUUGAUUAGAUGAUGAUCAAACGUCCAUGCCAUCGUUGGGAUUCGAACCCACAAAGCAGGCGGUGCUAGCAGACCGAAGUUUGUAACGCUCCUUACCACUAGACCAACCCGGCCGGCAAUGGUCCGGUUCGGUAAUGUUGCGGAAGGUUGGCCGCUUGAUGGCAACAUGGUACAUCAUCUCCUAUCGUUCCCAAAUAUGUCACUCAUAUUUUUUCAAUAUCCUUCGCUAGAAAUAGAUGUUCUAUCGAAAUAAAUGUCGAGAGGUUAAGCCACAAACGGUCAAAACUGCUAUUGUUUAGGUGACCUGCAGCUAAAAUCUAAAACUGAUCAAUUUUUUUAGUUUUGCAAGGGCCAAGGUUUUACGUACUUUUUAUGUAACAGUUUGAGCUCCUUUUGAAAAACUGAUCUAAUGUAUCCAAUAUGAGUUGAACUGAGGUAAAACUACACGUGUUGAUCCCUGGGAUCAUUUACCCCUUCAACAGCAUCAACAAUAAAAUCAAACCAGAUGAGUUUUUGCCAGCUGGUUGACAGGAU